UUCACUUGUCCAGCCUGUGGAAAACGUUUUCGUCUAAACAGCAAUUUAAACAGACACAAGAAAAUUCACUUGGGUGAGAAACCUUACACCUGCACAACCUGUGGGAAAAGUUUUUUGUCUAAAUCUCGUUUACUUGCUCAUAUUGAGAUUCAUACAGGUGAGAAACCUUUUCCUUGUGAGACCUGUGGGAAAAGUUUCCGGAGGAAAUAUAAAUUAGUUAAUCACAUCAGAAUUCACACGGGUGAGAAACCUUUCUCAUGUGAGACCUGUGGAAAAAGUUUCUCUCAAAAGCAAAGCUUAACUGUUCACAUGAGAUCUCACACAGGUGAGAAACCUUUCUCAUGUGGGAUUUGUGGAAAAGUUUUCACUCACAAACAGAGCUUAACUUCUCACAUGAGAAUUCACACUGGUGAGAAGCCAUUCUCAUGUGAGGCCUGUGGAAAAUGUUUUCCUCAUAAAAAAAGUUUAACUGUUCACAUGAGAUCUCACACAGGUGAGAAACCUUUCUCAUGUGGGAUUUGUGGAAAAGGUUUCACUCACAAACACAACUUAACAUCUCACAACAGAAUUCAC